GCGAUUGGACCCGAGUGAUCGAAUCGAGGUCUUCGAGCUGCGGCAAUGGCGAGACUGCUCGCCUUCAGAGGACUCGUCUCCUCUUCAUCCUCUUCGACGCCUCAUCUGCGUCAUCACCAUGACUCGCUGGUCCGCAUCGUUGCCUUGGGCGUCGGCAGCCUCGACGACAUGGUGGCGGCCCUCGACCGCUCCGGCGUCCCAGUUAACCAAGACUCACUCAACGCGGUCAUCGACACUUGCAAAACCGAAGCCGGCGACGGCGGGAGCGGCAGCGGAAGAAGACUUCUGCGAUUCUUUUCUUGGUGCCUGCCUCGGGUUCCCCAAGAACACCUCGGAGACGAUGUCUUCAACCGCGCCAUCCGGGCCUUCGCGGCGAUGAAGGACCUCACGGCCAUGGGGAUCGCCAUUUCCCGUCUCCACGAGGAACGCCGGAUGAUGACUUUGGAGACGUUCACCCUAGUCUCCGACACCCUCGUUAAGUCGGGCGAGGAGGAGGACGCCGUUCGCCUCUUCCGCGGUCUGGUUCGAGCGCGGCUGCUGCAGAUCCCGGACGGCGGAGGCGAAGGGGCGAGCAGGGGGCUGCUCGUCAUGGUACACGCCCUCUGCGCCAGAGGGCACGCGGGGAUGGCACGGGGCGUCGUGUGGCGCCACCGGCGCAAUCUGCUCUCGGGAGGGGGCGAAGCCACUCGGAUCAUACAGCAGAGUCUCCUCCACGGAUGGUGCGUCCGGGGGGACGUCAAGGAAGCGCGCCACGUGAUGGAUGAGAUGAAAUCGCUAGGUUUUCCUCCCACCAUAGCAUCGUACAACGAUCUCCUCCUCUGCCUGUGCCAGAAGAACGUCAAAUCCAAUCCGUCCGCCCUUGUUCCGGAAGCCACAAAUUUGAUGACGGAGAUGAGGACAUCAGGGGUCCCCGCCGCCACCGCUAGCUUCAACAUCCUACUAUCUUCCCUUUCCAGGGUUCGGAGGGCCAAGGAAGCUUGCCGAAUCCUAUACCUGAUGCAACAGGGGGAGGCAGAAUGCUCUCCCGACUGGGCAAGCUACCACAUCGUCAUCAGACUCAUGUAUCUGACUGGAAGAUUUGUCAGAGGCGAUAGGCUUCUCAAGGAGAUGCUCGAGGCUGGCUUGCUUCCUGGGACAAGUUUCUACCAUAGUCUAGUAGGUCUCUUGUGCGGUCUGGAGAAGGUGGAUCAUGCACUCCAGACGUUCGACCAAAUGAAGAGAUGUGGGCAGUACAAUGCGCCAACAUAUGAGUUGCUAAUAGAGAAGCUCAGUAGGAGUGGAAGGUUUGAACAGGCAACCAAUCUGUGGGAGGAGGCAACAGAGAGGAAUGUCAUUCUUCAAUGCUCGAGAGACUUGUUGGAUCCUUCCAAGACAGAGGUAUUCAAACCAGUGGCAGCUGAGAAAAAGUUAAGAUCACAGAGCUAUAGCAAGGUCUCAUAGUCUUCCUU